AUGUUUCUUAAUACGUUAGGAGUAAAAGAGUGGGUUAUAAAAAAAUGGGCCAAAAGUAACUUGGAAAAUGGUUAUAGAAAGGAUGAAGAUAAUGUACAGCCGAAUAAAAUACGUGACAGUACUACUGCACCUACUCGUUCGCUGCAUGACUUUUUCGACUGUCUACCGAAGCUGGAAUCGCACUAUUGCAGGGCUUCCACAUCCAAGCUCUAUUUAGAGCCAACUUGGAAUUCUAAGGCUCACUUAUAUAAAAUUUACAAAAGCGACUACUGUACUACACAUAACGUUGAACCUGUAUCGAUUGCAACAUUCCAUAAAGAAUUCGACAAAAAACGACUAUCACUCUAUAAACCAAAAAAAGAUCUAUGUGACACUUGUGUUGCUUUUGAGACGGGCAAUUUAACAGAAGAUAAGUACAAUGAACACAUUGCAUUCAAAAAUGCAGCAAGAACUGCAAAGACCGUAGAUAAAGAGUCUCCAAACGAAGUUUUUACAAUGGACCUUCAAUCCGUUUUGCUAUCCCCAAAAUCAAACACGUGUGCACUGUAUUAUAAAACUAAGCUGAUUGUCCACAACUUCACCCUCUAUGACAUCAAGCGCAAUCAGGGCUACUGUUAUUUAUGGAAUGAAGCGGAAGGAGGACUAACUAGUAAUGAGUUCACAAGCAUAAUAAUACAUUUUUUAGAAAGACAUAUCGAUCAGUUUGGAUUACAAAAUCGUAGUGAUAUUCAAAUUAUAUUAUGGAGCGAUGGUUGUGGUUAUCAAAAUAGGAACGCCACAUUGGCAAAUGGCCUAUACAAUCUCACAUUGGAGAGGGGAGUUACUAUUGUGCAAAAGUAUUUGCAGAAAGGACAUACCCAAAUGGAAGUGGACAGUGUCCAUUCUGUAAUUGAAAGGAAAACCCGAAAUAAGAAAAUCAAUAUUCCAGCAGACUACGUCUACAUCUGCAAAACGGUAUGUCAAAAGGCUCCUUAUAGAGUUGAGUACCUAAUGCACGAUUUCUUCAAAAAAUACGAUGAGCUGAAAUAUUUUAAUUCUAUCAGACCCGGAAGAUCUGCUGGUGCACCAUUGGUAAACGAUAUUAGAGCAUUGAGAUACUCUCAUGAGGGAGUGUUUUUCAAACUCAAUCACUCUGAUCAAAAAUGGCAAAUUCUUCCAGUCAGGCUAAACACAAAGACUAACAACGCCACCAAUGAUGCAAACGACUUACCCAAACUCUAUAGAAAUAGGAUAAAAAUUAAGGCAGAAAAGUAUAAACACCUUCAAAGUCUAAAGGCAACCAUGGAAGUCGAUUAUCAUGCCUUCUAUGAUAAUUUACCCCAUGAUUGA